UCACACACCACAGGGAAGACUUUCGGAGGUGGACGUUUGUAACGAGAUGCCAAAUCCCAUGUAGCUAAUGUUCAUUCUCUUAUUUAGUAAAUAAACGGUACAAUUACACCACGUAAUUGGUAUUGACAUGGAAGAGACCGAGAAAACUGAGUGUAUAGAUUGGGGUGGACAUGUUUGUGGAGAAAUAACAGCCAACAACGAAACAUGGGAUGAUAAAUUAGUAAAAAAUGCUCAUGAUGGACUACCUCAGCCGUCUUCAGACUGUGACAGAUGCUCAUUGAUAUCAGGAGACUGUCUCUAUUAUCAUUAUGGCUGUGAUGGCAAGGACGACAGAGGCUGGGGUUGUGGAUACAGGACUAUUCAGACCAUGCCUUCAUGGCUGUGUUUUAAUCAACCUCAGAGUGUGAGCCACAAGCGCAGACACCCACCUAGUCUUCCUGAAAUACAACAAACUUUGGUGGAAAUAGGGGACAAACCACAUUCAUUCUUGGGAUCCAGGGAGUGGAUAGGGACAUUUGAGGCAAGUCUAGUUCUUGACCAGCUCUAUGAUGUUCCCUGCCGCAUAGUGCAUGUGCGGAACGGAAAGGAGCUCUAUCAAACAAUUGAGGAUCUUCACAACCACUUCCUUACCCGUGGGUCACCUGUUAUGAUGGGAGGAGACAGGGAUAAUUCCUCUAAGGGGAUCUUAGGUGUGUGCACUGGUAAACAGGAGAGUUUUCUGCUUGUUAUGGACCCCCACUACUUUGGCUGUCCCUUAGAUAAAAACUCUUUGCAAAGAAAAGGUUGGGUUUCAUGGAAACCAGUUGCUUCUAUGGAUCAGUGUUCUUUCUAUAAUCUUUGCCUGCCUCUUAGUGGCAAGAAGUGACUGUUUCUUGUUAGAUUGUUUAAAAAAACAAAUUCACAUCGUCUGUCUGUUGUAACCUGUAUGUGAGGAUUUUUUUUUACAGAUGUCAUAGUCAUACUGUGGCUGACUAUUAGUAAUUUUUCUGUUUGACCUCAUCACGUGAAUUAAAUAACUAAAUAAAAAUGGCAUGACUUCCA